UGAUGUAACUCUGUCCGCUGCCGAGGCUGCGUAGGUCGGCCGCACGCAGUACGCAAUUCUUGCAGCGGUUGUAGUGGUUGCAUCAGCAGGUAGAGGAUGGGAAACCAAGUGACCUCGUCGGACCGUGGACCAGCUGCUGUCGGCACGAUCACCGUCCAGCCUCGGAUGAGUAUGACCGACAUCGGUAACCUGCUGGACUCUGAUGGCAAUCUGCAGAACGAGCUGCUGGUGUUCGCGUUCGCCGCCACACUGCUGGCCACCAUCCCCAUCCUGCUCGGAAACGAGUUCGACGUCAACAUCGGGCUCCGGCGGCGGCGAGAGGUCCUGGAGGGAGAGAUGCCCGCGCCACUGCUGACAUCUGGCGGCAGGCCUCUGCUGUCACCUGCAGAGGGCGCUGAACUGAGGGUUGCACCGACAGUGACUUUGGACCAGAAGAGAAGAAAUCUAAGCAAAAUUCAAUCAGUGGUGAUCGGCAUAAACAAACAAAUGGCUGGAAGAAAUAUUGUUAUAUAAGUGAGUCAUUGUGUGACCUUUCAGUUUUUCGUUAGGUAAUCUUGUCGCUGUUGCCUGAGCCGUGUGGCAGUCGCACGUUCACAGAACAGUUGUUUUAGGGCUGGUAGUUGACUGUUUGAGACAGCCGAGCUACGUCUGGCGAAGUCAGGUACAUGAAUCCGCAAUUUUUGCAUUUGAAUUUGUUGCUGUUCUAGCCAUCAAGGUUUUGAAUACAUUAAGUCCGGAAACAAAACCGGAAAUGAUACAUUAUAUUGAGCUUAUAUUUCGUACUUUUCAUAACAACGAAAAUUGUUUUUAUUGCUUGGGAGUAUUUAUUUUAGAGGCCUAUACAGUAUACUCAUGAAAACAUCAGGGUAAGGGGAUCACAAACUGCAA